UGGUUCUUGGAGACAGGCAGAAUGAUGUCCCUGGUCCUUCUGCUCCUGGUGAGCAGCGUCUUCUCCGCCAUCCAGGCUACACAGCUGACUAAGUGUGAGCUGUCCGAGAAGCUGAAAGACUUGGAUGGCUACGGAAAUAUCCCGAUGUCUGAGUGGAUAUGUACCUUAUUUCAUACCAGUGGUCUUGAUACACAGAUUACAGUCAACAACAAUGACAGCACAGAAUAUGGGAUCUUCCAGAUCAGUGACAAACUUUGGUGCAAGAGCAAGCAGAACCCUCGGUCAAGGAACAUCUGUGACAUCGCUUGUGAAAAGUUCUUGGAUGAUGACCUUACUGAUGACAUAAUGUGUGCCAAGAAGAUCCUGGAUAAAGAAGGCAUUGACCACUGGUUGGCACAUAAACCACUCUGCUCUGAGAACCUGGAACAGUGGGUCUGUAAGAAGUUGUGAGCGCCUGCUGUCCAUGCCACGUCUGCCCAUUCUAUGCUCCUGGAAUCCCACUUCCCCAGUGCUACCUCAGUUUGCCUCUUUUAUGCCCUCCCCACCCCUGACGCUGACUUGCCCCUGAGCCCUGUGCUGUACCAUUGGAUUCCUUAGAACUGUUCUCCAACGAUGCAUGGCCAGUGCACUGGACUUCAGACUCCUGCUCAGUGUCCUUGAUGACACGCUCACUGCUGCAGCAGAUGUCGCCUCUGUUCUGAAUAAAGGGCCUGG